AUGACGGAUUCCGUGGUGGUGGAGGGUCACGUCAAGUUGAGAGACGGAAAAAAGGUCCCCGCUCCCGGCACCCCUUCGGCCCGCGGGGGUCCCCGACCGCCGCCCCUUGCCCUGAGGGGAGAGAGCCCGCUCUCCCCCGCGCGGCCCCGGCUAACCCUGUCCCUUUGCCUCUCGUUGCAGUGGAAGAGCAGGUGGCUGGUGCUGCGCAAGCCCUCCCCGGUGGCAGACUGUUUGCUCAUGCUGGUGUACAAGGAUAAAUCUGAGCGAGCAAAAGGGCAUAAGGAGAGGAGCAGCAUGACCUUAGAAGACAUCUGUGGCUUGGAUCCUGGGCUCUCCUACGAGGGCCUCAAUCACACGCUCGCCAUCAUCUGUCUGUCCCAGGUUGUGAUGCUGGGGUUUGACAGCAAGGAAGCCAUGUACGCCUGGGAUGUGCGAAUACGCUACAGCCUGGGGGAAGUUCAUAGAUUUCAAGUCUUUGUAGCCCCUGGCACAAAACUAGAGAGUGGGCCUGCUACCCUGCAUUUCUGCAAUGACAUCCUUGUCCUGGUGAAAGACCUUCCUCCCAGCGUCAUGGGGCAGUGGAAGCUCUCGGAUCUGCGGCGCUACGGGGCUGUCCCGAACGGAUUCAUCUUCGAAGGGGGCACCAGGUGCGGCUUCUGGGCUGGUGUUUUUUUCCUCUCUUGUGCUGAAGGGGAGCAGAUCAGCUUUCUGUUCGACUGCAUCGUCCGCGGCAUCUCCCCGACCAAAGGCCCCUUUGGUCUGCGUCCAGUGCUCCCAGAUCCAAGUACAAACCCAGCCUAUUCAGAAGAAAGAUUGGCUCAUGAAGCUUUGCAAUUAGAAAAGCGUUUGAGCUUGCUGUCCCAUACAAGUCGUCAAGGUAGUGGAGGAGAUGACAGGAGUAUUUCGAGCUCAUCUUCAGAUACCAGCCACUCGGAUGUCAGCAUUGGGAGCAGGCUGACAGUGUGGCCUGAGCAAUCUUCAGCCAGCACCUCUCAGGAGAGCCAUGGGCUGGCAGCUGCCAAGGGCAUUCACCUGGGAGAAGAGAAGACCCUUCCAGAAGGGGCACGUGGCACCACCAAACCCCCUCCGAAGCCCCUGCGGUCCAGACAGCUGCAGGAAAUAGGACGUCAGAGCUCUUCUGACAGUGGGAUAGCUACUGGGAGUCACUCUUCCUACUCUGGGAGCUUCUCUUCCUAUGCUGGGAGCUUAGACAUUUGCCAUGGCGAUGAGUUUGGAUCAUUGCUAAGCUUGCCAUUGAACUUCCCUUCAGAUCAGAGUCUAUGUACUUGCCCUCACAGUGAGUCCCAGAGAGGUGUGGGAUCAGAGUAUCAGGUUCCCAGCUCUCUCAGACACAUUUAUGAUAUACCCAGGAGUGUGUUACAGGCAGCUUCUAAGGAAGUGCAGCUCAAGAGUGCAGAUUCCACGCUACCCAAGGACCAGGCCCUGCCAGCUCAAGGUGCCAGUGACCCAAGACUGCUGCUGCCACACUUGGAAGCACGGAGGGGAGCUGAGCACAGCCAGCACAGAGGGAGGCCUUCAUCCUUACUCACAGAAAGCAGCAAGGACUCAAGUGAUGAGACAUAUGUGGAUUUUGUUUCAAGGUGGUCUGACACAAAACCACAAGGACAGGUGUCAGACUCCAAAAGUAGUGAGCUGUCACCACCUGGUGGGGCCUCAGCUGACCCCUGUGACACAUGUAGCCCCCACCCUGGGAUGACAAGAGCUCUUUUUUCAUCUUGUCCAAUCUGUGGUGGACUAAAGGGAACAGCAGUAUUACAGUCUGGAGUCUUACCAGCUAUAUCAGGUGGUGCUUCUGUCAUGGCAGCUUCUGGGUCUUUGAAAGUGCAUAGAGGGCACAGUCUCCAAGCUGGUCCUAAAGGUGGGUAUGAGAUGCUAGCACUUCCUUCAGAACCUGGAACUCCAACUAGUUCUGAGGAACUUGAAGGGGCUGUAGGUUAUUCAGCUGAUGUCCCAACACCAGAUCGACCCCACAGUGAGACAGCCACCUAUGUUAAUAUUCCUGUCAGCCCGACUUCCAAAAAACAGCUUCACUACAUGGAACUGGAGCUUCAAGAAUCUAGCACAAGCAUAAGAGGGAGUGGAUCGUCCCGGUACGCCCAGAUUGACAUCGCAGCCACCGAGACGGCGCACAAGGUGGGCACGCAGCACGCGCAGGAGCGCCUGCAGGAGCUGGAGCACAAGAAGAAAGGAGCUCAGCAGUGACCUGGCCAGGAAAGAACUUUGUGCUCACCACAAAUCCAUCCUAAUUCAUCUUCCAAAGGAUUCACGUUUGUUGCAAAAAUGCACUCACACAAAUCGCUGCCAUUGCUCCUUGCAGUUAUACCAGAUUCAUUCCAAUGUCUUGAUUCCUGGUUGGAAAGCUGGUAGCACGAGGGGUGUGUUUGUUCUUUCCUUUUGUUUUAAUUUGGUUGUAAAGUCCAGAUUUUUUGUCAUAGGAAAUUAGUUACCUUUCUCUAUAAUUCUAAAAUCAUGGAGAACCUGGAACCAAUUUCAGUGUUUAUUAAAUGGUGGCAUUUUCUUUGAAAAUAAAGAACUUGAAUGUGUGUAGAUAAGGGAAUGUGAGUGUGUGUGGUAAGUGUACACAUAUGUUUGCAUAUGUCUGUAUGUAAGCACCCAUUACUGAUAAAAUAUAUGUAUAUAUCUGAGUGUAUAAAAUAUGUAAAACCUCUAUUAAUACAUUAAUGGACUCCUACAAAAGCAAGAAAAUUCAGUGCCUGCUCUUUUUGCAAAUACAGUGUUGUUCAAUUUAUGUGCUUAUUUAUGGACAUGCUCAACUAUACCUACGGAUAAUUCAGUUUUAUACCUCACCAAGUCCUGCGGUUUGGCUGAAGUUGCUCAGAUGUAAAAGCCGGAGUGUCAGGGAUGCACAUGUGUCUGCAAACAGACAAGAGCACACAAACAAGUUAUUUAAUUAUGUUUAUAAACCACAGUAAUGUGAAGGGGCAUUUGGGUGUUUCUGUUCUUGAAAAGCCUAGUUCAAACCAUGUUGCUGGGUACCUGUAAUUCUUAGCAAUUUUCCUGGAGCUGAACAUAUGUAUCACUUUGAAAAUCAGGUCCCAGUUUUCUCCCACAGCACAUUUUAAAACCAAGGUAUUCAAGAGAAACAUUCACUUUUCAAAGUUGGGUCUAAUGUCACAAAAGCUAUUCCUAAUGUAAAACCAGCAUCCACCUUAAAUCUAAAACUUUAUUGAAUUAUUCCUUGCUGUCCCUAAGUAGCAUAAAACCAGUUCUGUGUAAGAGGAUGAUAUCUCCAGAGAUGCUACAGCCUUGAGGCACAACAGGAUGUUGUCUUGUAAAAUAGG